AUGAGCAUUAAUCCUACUGAUAUUGAUACUAUUCCUGUUAUGGAUAAUAGUUUCGUCUAUGAAACAUUUGAAAGGAUGCCAGAUGGUACUUUAAUGCCUGUUAGUGAUAAAACCAAUAUACAAGUUGUUGCAAAACGUGAAAAAACGGUAAUCAUCCCCAACAACAUUCAAUUAACUUAUCCACUCCAAUUUAAGGUUGAAGAUUUAGUUGCUGGUCCUGAGGUUGAAGAAGUUAUUGAUGCUUGGGUUGAACAAUUCAAAGUAGAGGGUCAUCAAUAUUCAAUGACUGACAUUUCUGGCUUUAUAGCUGAACGAUGGCGAAGAGAACCAGAAGUAACUAAAGCAGUUUUUAUCGACUUGGCAGAAAAAGCGAAAAUAAUGCACAAAGAAAGAUAUGGCGGCCAACCAAGAUCGGAUGGUGGCUCGUCAUUAAUCAAUAUUAAUAGUUGUGAUACUUAUACACUUCCUUAUUAUACCUCAGAUAUAACAGCACAAUAUCAUCAACAGCCAUUCCUAAAUUAUAAUAUGUCAUACAAUGAUACUUCCACUUCUUCAAUUACUUCAAGUCCUCAACUUUCAUAUGAUAAUAUUUCAUCUGGUGUUUCAUGUGAAGGAUCACCUCGAAGUGAGACUACAUCUUAUCUAGAAUUGUGUCCCUCUGGACAUGAUGGAUCUCAAAUGCUUUUAAUCGAAUAG